AAACGGGUAGUUUCUGAUGGAGGUCCUCAACGGCAUCGUUUAAGAGUCAGCCGUCUCUGCAAAGGGUUUUGGGGGUUUAACCUGCUUCCGCCGCCGCCGUCGCAUAUUCACAAUCCACCUCUCUCUCUCACUGAUAUUCAAUAGUGGAAGAAGAGCUCCAAUGGUGCUAUCCAACAAAAAGCAGAAGCAGAAGCUCAGAAUCGCAAGGGCCGAAUUACUCGCAGCAUCGGGUAAUGUUCAUCCUGCUGCCCAACCAUCUACAGAAUCUGCAGCAGCUCUAAAGAAGAGUUUUUCCAAGCGAGAGAAGCGCAGAAUCACCCGACCUUUGGAAGCUCCCGACGCCGUCAAUUCUAAGGCCGCCGUUGAUGCCGAAGAAGUGAACUUUAAAUUAGAUGAGCAGACUGGUUUGAAGGAGAAGGUAAAGAGUAAGAAGAGAAAGAGAGCUGAGGGAUCGGAGAAUAACAACAACCCAGAAGCGGAGAAUAAUUCUAAAUCGAAUAAGAAAAAGAAGAAAAAGAAGAAGAAGAAGAAAAGCAAAAAGAAUACGGAUUUGAACCAAACGGCUGAAGCUGUGGUGGUGGUGAAGGAAGGAGAUGUUAACAUGAUGGAGGCUAGCAUUGAACAACAAACAGAGAAAAGAGAAGAAAUCAUUGAGGUUUCUACAAAGGUUUACGCAGGCGGGAUUCCAUAUUACUCGACUGAGGAUGAUAUUCGGAGUUUUUUUGAAAGUUGUGGCACCAUAACUGAAUUAGACUGCAUGGUGUUUCCUGAAAGUGGCAAGUUCAGAGGAAUUGCCAUUCUCACUUUCAAGACUGAAGCAGCAGCAAAACGAGCAUUAGCCCUAGAUGGAUCUGACAUGGGAGGAUUAUUUCUGAAGAUCUCACCCUUCAAGUCUACUAAUAAAGUGAAGAAAACAUUUGAUUCCGCCCCCAAAGCUGUGGAAGGCUACAAUAGGAUCUAUGCGGGGAACCUUUCAUGGGAAAUAACUGAGGACGACCUAAAGAAGCACUUCUCAGACUGCAAUAUAACUUCCAUUCGUUUUGGUGAAGACAAAGAAACAAAGGAAUUCAAAGGCUAUGCCCAUAUAGAUUUUUCCGACAGUCAGUCUCUUAGUAAUGCCUUGAAACUCGAUCAAACUCUGGUUUGUGGGCGGCCUGUUAAAAUAAGCUGUGCUGUUCCUUUGAGGAAUCCUCAACAACCCAAUUCAACAAAGACUGAAGAACCUUUGGCAGUUGCAAAAUCCAUUGAUAAUACAGCAUCAGAAACUUAUGUUCCAAAAAAUACAACAACAGAAGAGGAGACUGUUGUUGCUGUUAGUGGGAAGAUAAGGCGAAGAACCUGUUACGAAUGUGGCGGAAAAGGUCAUCUCUCAUCAGCUUGUCCAAACAAACCGGCCGUCGAACCAAACUCCACAAAGUCUGAAGAACCUUUGCCAGCCGCUAAAUCAGGUUAUACUACAACACAAGCAAAAACAGAGGCUUAUGUUCCGAAAACUACAUCAAACACUUAUGUUCCAAGAUAUACAACAGACACUUAUGUUCCAAAAUAUACAACAACAGACACUUAUGCUCCAAAAUAUACAACAGCAGACACUUAUGCUCCAAAAUAUACAACAACAGAAGAGGAGAAUGUUGUUGCUGUUAGUGGGAAGAUAAGGCGAAGAACUUGUUACGAAUGUGGUGGAAAAGGUCAUCUCUCAUCGGCUUGCCCAAACAAACAGGCCAUAGAACCAAACUCAACAAAGACUGAAGAACCUUUACCAGCUGCAAAAUCAGGUUAUAAUACAACACCAACAAUAACAGAGACUUAUGUCCCAAAAACUACAACUGAGACAAAUGUUAUUACACCAAUAGAGACGGCUGCUGUUAGUGGGAAGAUAAGGCGGAGAACCUGUUACGAAUGCGGCGAAAAGGGUCAUCUUUCAUCUGCUUGCCCUAAAAAACAAGGCGUCAACCCAAUUAUUGCUGUUUGAAAUUUUACUAUUUUAUCCAUUUAAGGAUUUUGCUGCUUAUGAGGGAAAGAAUUUUGUUGUUUUUAUUGGAGAAAGGAUUUUUGGAAUUGAAAAUACUAUUUGAGUUAUUACA